AUUCUCCAUGGUGACGGGUUAGGGGUGUGAAGAUGGGGGAGAGGCGGAAGGGGCUUGUGUUUUAUAAGAGCCAAAUUUAAAACUUGUAUGAUCAGAAAGACAGAGAGAAGUUUGAUAAUUGGAAAAGGUAUGAACGUCCACGCAACCCCUGCUGUGUGAGCAAGACUGUCUGGAUUCAUUGCUUUGAUAACGACUCGAGCAAGCAGCAAGAUUAUCUUCUGUGAGUGAUUCAGAUCGUGUACGUUUGUGCUGAGAGUUACUGAACUCAAACAAUAGAAGAACAAAGCCAGAAGAUGAGAUUCAGCCAGGUGUUCGCCGCUCUUCUCUGCUUCACCACAUGGAUGAGCACGGUCCAUGCAACCCAUGGUCCGGUGUCCACGUGUUGUCUCCAAUGGUCCACCACCAAAGUCCAACAUAAAAGAAUUCUGAGUUACACCAAUCAGUCUGAAGUCGUCUGUCCAGUUAAAGCCAUAGUGUUUCAGACAAAAAGUGGAAAGAGGAUUUGCUCCGACCCUGACAAUGCCUGGGUAAAACAUGCCAUGCUGGAGGUGGAGAAUAAAAAAAAAGCAUUGCAAAAGAAGGGACAGAAUGAAGAAGGAUCAACUAUCAACAUCACACCAGCAGUGUCCACAACACCAGCAGUGUCCACAACACCAGCAGUGUCCACAACACCAGCAGUGUCCACAACAUCAUCAGUGUCCACAACACCAGCAGUGUCCACAACACCAGCAGUGUCCACAACACCAGCAGUGUCCACAACAUCAUCAGUGUCCACAACACCAGCAGUGUCCACCACACCAGCAGUGUCCACAACAUCAUCAGUGUCCACAACAUCAAAAAACGCACCGCAGAAGAAAGUCAGAAAAAGAAGGAGACGCGAGAGGAAGAGGGCCAGGGGAGGAAGGAAGAGGCAGAGAAAACGUGCGUGAGGAAUCACAAGACAAAUCAAAGUUACCACAGUCAGCAAACAUUACUCUUUCCAAUUGGACUCGUCCUGGUAUACUGCAUGAAUAUCAAACAAACCUGAAACAAAGAAAGACCUUUAAAUAUUAUUAUAUCUAUGAUUAAAUAUGCAAAAUAUAUUUAAAUAUAUGUUUAUCCUACUAUCUUAUCAUAAAUGCAUGUAUGUAAAAAAGCAUAACUUUGACCUUUUCCAGUCAAUUCACAAUAAAGUGUUUUUGUGCAAA